AUGGAGGAGGAAUCGUUUACGUACGUCCUCUCCCCGGCGGCCACCCCGCAGGGCUACGUCCACCGCGUGGUGGAUGAGCGGCUGCCUUCGCUGGACGAAUCCAUGGAAUUCGCGGGGAAAAUGAGUGGGACGCUGUUGGUUGACCGCGGGGGGUUCAUCGAGGAUAUGCUGCUGGGCUUCUGCCGGGUGUCGCGGGGCGUGGCCGGGGGGAGACGGCACGCCCCUCCGGGCGGUGGCAUUUGGCCCACGGCCGUCGCCCCGGGCGGGGCGGUGUCGUUGCGUUUGGCGGCGGCGGCGCCGCCGCUCUUUCAAGACGGCGCGUGGCCACUUGUGUGGGCGCAGUUUCAACGCGACAUCGCCCGAGAGACGCUGAUGGUUGACGGGGCCCCUUGCAGCGACGCCUCUGUCGCACUAGAGCGCAUACAACGGCUGCUAAGUGACGCGUACGAUGGGAUGUCGUUGCCUUAUGCCGCCACGCAGGCGCGCGCGUCUGAAGGGGAGCGCGGGGAGGAAGGGCUGAGCUCGCUGGUUUUCAAUUCCCUUCGGAGGGCGCUGGGGAACGCGCGGCAUGCGUACAAGAAAGUGGUGAAGGAGAGAAAACUGGGUGAGGCCGUUCGGAUUGCCAUCCUCGCGGCACAGCAAUCGGUGAUGGCGUUUCCAGUGGAGCUUUUGCAUGCGCAAUUUGGCAGAACCUCGCGCGCGGGUUCCGCGGAAGGAGAAGAAGGGGUGGGAUCGGAAACGAUUUGUAUUGGGGAGCCGCGCCCAGACGGGUCGCAUGGCAGUGGAGAGACCUCCCCUUUGCCCGACGAGGAAGGUCGAAGGAUGAUUGUGCGGAUAGAGCGCCGGAAUCCAGGCGGCGGCCCGCCGUUUGUGCGCGUGGAAAAGUUUCUGCACGUUUACACCGUGGACGAGGCCGCGAACGUUUCAACCAAGUUGCAGCUUUGGAUAGUUAUUGAACUCAGUUUUUUUACAAGCGAGCAGGCAGAGCUGAGCUGGGAGUGGGUGCGGCCCCCCGGCCCUCCGCCCGCGGCCCCCGCCGCCCCGACCCAACCGCCUGAAGAAGCGGAGAUGUAG